AUGGAGACCGUACCUAAACUAGAUGAAGUCAAGCAAACGCAAGACUCGCAAACCGCAUCCGAUUUCAUCGAUCAACAACUAGCCCUCGAGGCUGAUGCCCGAGAGGUGCUUCCAUAUAAAUUCGACAAAUGUACCAACAUUCUCGGGCCCUUGCGCCAGAACGUCUUUGCCUGCCUGACAUGCAACCCUCCACCCGCUUCCGCAGCGCAAGUGUACACGCCCGCCGGAGUCUGCUACGCUUGCUCCAUCUCGUGCCACGGCGAACACACCCUCGUUGAACUGUUCGCCCGGCGUGAUUUCGUCUGCGACUGUGGCACGAGUCGCUUGCCGUCGACUUCGUCCUGCACUUUGCGAUUAGAUCCCGUGACAGGGAAUCGAGGAGUUCAUUCGCAGGAACCUCACAAGGGAAAUCAUUACAACCACAACUUCCAAAAUCGAUUCUGUGCGUGCGGUGAGGAGUAUGACGCAGAAACGGAGAAAGGGACGAUGUUUCAAUGUUUGGGGUUAGGGACUGUUGACAGUGGUGGCUGCGGGGAGGACUGGUACCACCCCGAAUGCCUGAUGGGGUUGCCGAGAGAUUGGUACAAGCCAGAGGACUCGAAACAAGAGGCGCAAGAAGACAUACAGAAAGAUCAGAAGGCAGAAGGCCAAGAGGCAGAAGAAGCCAGCCACCCAGUCCCGCCAGGCUUCCCGAGCGAAGAUGACUUUGAAGCCAUUAUAUGCUACAAGUGCGUGGAAUCCAAUCCUUGGAUCAAGAAAUACGCUGGUACACAGGGCUUUUUACCGGCUGUGUUUAAGAAAAACGCCCAGACAGCUACGGCGAAUGAGACAUCUGAAGUGGCCGCGGAUGGCGCGGCCACAUCCAAAUCGGCGACCGCCUCCGACGACGACAUCCAAGCCGGACCACCCAGCCCGUCGAAGCGCGUUAAGAACGAAGACGAAGCAAACCAGUCACCACCAGAGGUUGUUCCAACCACCACCACCACCGAGACACUUGCCAACGACGUCCACCCCACAAAUCCCACCGACACAGAAACCAUGCCACAACUCAAACGCGCGCACGAAUACCUCCCCAGCCCAGCCCCGACGGGGACUUUCUCGCUCUUCCUGCGGCCAGAUUUCCGCGACCACCUGUGCCACUGCCCACAGUGCUACCCAGACCUGAUCCCGCACCCCCAGCUGCUCGAGGAGGAAGACACGUACGAACCCUCGCUAUCAUCUGAGGGCUCGUCGCAGGAGGACGGGGCCCGCGGUGGCGGCCACUCACGAUCUUCGCGCGCUUCGCUCCUGGAGCGGGGUGAAGCCGCCCUCUCGAACAUGGACCGCGUCCGCGCCAUCGAGGGCGUCAUGGUCUACAACCACCUGCGCGACAAAGUGAAAGAGUUCCUCAAGCCCUACGCGGAGAGCGGCCAGGCCGUCAGCGCCGAGGACAUCAAAGCAUACUUUGAGAAGCUGAGAGGCGACGAGGCGGCCAUUAAAGAGGCCAAGGAAAGGGACGGCAGGUCCAACGGCCACAGUGGAGGGGACGGUGGGGGCGAAGCCGACGGGAACACGAGGAGAGAACAGUCCGGGUAUUGA